AUGCGCACCUCUGCCGCAGCUGCGGUGGCGGCUGCGCACGCCGGCAUGCGUGCGCUUCGCACAGCCACUGGUGUCGUUGGCAAUAGCUGUGGUACAUCCCCGCACGCCACGGACGUGUCGGCGCGCCUCGCCGUCGCACCGCCACCCCACUCGGGUCUCACUGUGCCUUCCUUCAUGCGGUGCGGUACGUCGUCUGCUGCUUUUACCACCCGCGCUCACAGCGGCGGUUGCUGCGGGUGUGCAGCUGCGGCCGAGCAGCACCGACGCUGCAGCAGUCACGGCAGCUUCGCCGACAGCAGUCGUCCGUACGUGCCUGGGCAGGCGGUGCAGGAGAUGUACCCGAUCAUCCAGCUCCCGGCACGCUCACUGUGGUGCCGGCAAUACGCGCUGGACGCUCGUCGGGUGGCCCAGGGCGAGUACGCCGGCCUCAUCUCCCAGGUGAAGGAGGCGCGGCACUACUACCAGUACCCGUCGAUGAGCGCGCCGCAGACGGGGUGGAACGUGCAGAUGUUCACCCUCUUCGACAACUCCGUCUUCAUCAACCCCGUCAACCUCGACGAGGUGGCCUGGCGAGCCGAGGCCGCGCAGCAGGGUAUGUCGUGGGUUGCCUUUGAGGAGGAGAAGAUGCGCGAGCUGCGCGCAGAGGGGCUGACCGGGUUCGCCUGGGAGCCGUGCGCGAGCAGCGGGUUUCUGCUGCAUUACAUUGAACGCCCGCUAACGGUGCGGGUGCGGGCGUUGGACGAGCACGGAAAGGCGUUCACCGUGACGCUGGACAAGAUGCGCGCGCGCAUGUCGCUGCAUGAGCUAGAUCAUCUGCAAGGCGUCCUCUUCACGCGGCGCGUGGUGGACACGGACCACGUCGUUCCGAUGGAGGGCUUCGUGACCAUGAGCGACUGGAGCGACGACUACCCCUCGCUGGAGGCGCGCAGCACGUUUCUCUACACCAUCUUCACCCCACCAUAUCGCUUUGUGUCCGACUCCGUGCCGGACGGCAACCUGCUGGACCGCAAGUUCGAGGACGGCAUCUACCCCGGCUGUGAGCAGGAUCGCCAGCAGCGCAUCGAGCUGACGGCGAUGGAGGAGAUUCAACGCAAUGCCUGGCGAAAGGAGAAGGCUAAGCGGAAAGAUGGCGACCAGCAGCGCGGCCGUGGCGAUGUGGCGGCGGUGGAGGGCGACGACGGCAGUGGCGCCGAUGACGCCAGCUGA